GCUUUUUCAUUACUACUCACACACACACCGACAUCUCACUCCCACUCACACGCACACUCACUCCAUAUUUAUACACUCAAACAACAAGAACCAAAUCAAAUCAAAAUCUUCAUUCUCAUUUUUAUAAAUAACAUACAAUUCUUUCACCAUAUAUUAUUUUCUCUCAUUUAUAAUAUUGUUAAUAAUAAUAGUAAUAAUAGUAUGAUUAUUGAGAAAUUCUUCUUCUUUUGCCUUCUAUUUUUGGUCCAUUGUACCAAUAGCAUUGGUUCAUCAUGGCCACCAUCUCCUGGUUACUAUCCUAGUAAGAUGUUUAGGUCUUUUAGAUUUUGGAAAGGUUAUAGAAAUUUAUGGGGUCCUCAACAUCAAAGGCUAGACCAACAUGCUUUGACUAUAUGGCUUGAUCGAACUUCAGGAAGCGGGUUCAAGUCGGUUCGCCCGUUUAGAUCCGGGUAUUUUGGUACAUCAAUCAAGUUGCAACAAGGGUACACUGCUGGAGUAAUAACAGCAUUCUAUCUUUCCAACAACGAGGCGCAUCCAGGGCACCAUGAUGAAGUAGACAUGGAAUUCUUAGGGACAACCUUUGGAAAACCUUAUGUGUUACAAACAAAUGUAUACAUAAGGGGAAGUGGAGAUGGCAAUAUUAUUGGAAGAGAGAUGAAAUUCCAUCUUUGGUUUGAUCCAACUAAGGGAUUUCAUCAUUAUGCCAUUUUUUGGAGCCCUAAAGAAAUCAUAUUUUUGGUAGAUGAUGUUCCCAUAAGAAGAUAUCAAAGAAAAAGUGAUGCCACAUUCCCACUAAGGCCAAUGUGGGUGUAUGGCUCAAUAUGGGAUGCCUCAUCAUGGGCAACUGAAGAUGGUAAAUACAAAGCAGAUUAUAGGUAUCAACCAUUUGUAGGUCAAUUCACCAAUUUCAAAGCUGGUGGUUGCUCCGCCUACGCCCCCCUCCAUUGCCGCCCGGUUUCCGUCUCUCCUUAUCGUUCUGGUGGCCUUACACGUAAGCAAUAUUACGUCAUGACAUGGGUUCAAAGACACUACAUGUUCUAUGACUAUUGCAGGGACCGUAAAAGAGAUCAUUCACUCACACCAGAAUGUUGGUUACGUCGUUAAGAAUAUGAAUUUUGUAAACAUUCAAUCAAUCUGUAUUUCCUAUAUUCUACCACAUAUAAGUUGCAUUAAAUGUAUUUUAUACGCUUCGUAUGAAAUUUUAAUAAUGCACUAAAUAUUUCUUUAGUGUACGGCCGUUUCUUUGUAAUUUGUACACCCCAUAUAUACAAGUUUAUGAGAAAACGUUUCUUGAUUACCGACAAAAUCUUUGUUCAUUAAAAUUGGUGAUCGUAAGUACAUUAGAGUACAUCAAUAAUGAACAGCACUUCGUAAAUAAUUUGUGUCGGCAUGGUGUACACGAUAUUGUCUUUUAUGUAAGGGCCAAUCUUUGUACUUGGGUACAUUUUUC